AUGGCAGACAGUCAAGACCGUAUUGAGGAGCAGGGGGCUGGGGACUCAGCAAGCAGUGACACAGUUGAUGCGAAGCCAGACCGGUCCUCUUUUGUCCCAUCACUCUUCAGUAAGAAGAAGAAAAAUGACUCAGGGAAAUCGGCCAAGAACCCUCGGGACCGAGUGCCUACGUAUCAGUAUAACAUGAAUUUUGAGAAGGUGGGCAAAUGCAUCAUCAUAAACAACAAGAACUUCGACAGAGUGACAGGAAUGGGUGUCCGCAACGGAACAGACAAAGAUGCUGAGGCUCUUUUCAAGUGCUUCCGAAGCCUGGGUUUUGAUGUGACCGUCUAUAAUGACUGCUCCUGUGCCAGGAUGCAAGAUCUGCUGAAAAAAGCUUCUGAAGAGGACCACAGAAAUUCAGCCUGCUUUGCCUGCAUCUUAUUAAGCCACGGAGAAGAAAAUUUAAUUUAUGGAACAGAUGGCAAGACAGCAAUAAAGGACUUGACAGCCCAUUUUAGGGGGGAUCGAUGCAAAACCCUGUUAGAGAAACCCAAACUUUUCUUCAUUCAGGCUUGCCGGGGGACAGAGCUUGAUGAUGGGAUCCAGGCUGACUCGGGGCCUAUCAAUGACACAGAUGCUAAUCCCCGAUUUAAGAUCCCAGUAGAAGCCGACUUUCUCUUCGCCUAUUCCACAGUUCCAGGCUAUUACUCAUGGAGGAACCCAGGGAGUGGCUCCUGGUUUGUGCAGGCCCUCUGCUCCAUCCUGAACGAGCACGGGAAGAGCCUGGAGAUCUUGCAGAUUCUCACCAGGGUGAAUGCCAGGGUGGCCAGGCACUUUGAAUCUAAGUCUGAUGACCCAUGCUUCCAUGAGAAGAAGCAGAUCCCAUGUGUGGUCUCCAUGCUCACCAAGGAACUCUACUUCUGA